GGCGACACUACCCGUUGGGCUCGCCCGGCGCCGUCUUCCCCUCCCUCUCCGCCACACCCCCCUCCUCUCAACCCACGAACACAGCAGAGCAUAAAAAGGGCAGCUUUCGCACGCGCCGCACCCUCUCUCUCCAUCACCAAAUCUGCAACGCGAGAGAGCACAGGGAGGCGUGAUCUACUCUGGUCCCCGUCGCGAGCGGUUCGUCUCCCGUGCGACCCGGCAGCCAUGAACAUGUUCAAGAAGAAGGUCGACCCCAAAGAGGCUCUCAGGACUAGCAAACGAGAGAUGGCGGUCGCCACGCGGGGAGUUGAGCGGGAGAUUGGCUCCCUGCAAAUGGAGGAGAAGAAGCUGGUUGCAGAGAUAAAGAAGACAGCCAAGACUGGAAAUGAGGCGGCAACAAAAAUAUUAGCUAGGCAACUUGUUAGGCUGAGGCAACAAAUCGUCAAUUUGCAAGGCACACGGUCACAGAUCCGUGGAGUAGCUACUCACACACAGGCAAUGUAUGCGGGUACUUCAAUCUCUGCUGGAAUGAAAGGUGCAAGCAAAGCUAUGGCAGCAAUGAAUAAGCAAAUGGAACCUGCAAAACAGAUAAAGGUCGUGAGAGAAUUCCAGAAGCAAUCAACUCAGUUGGACAUGACGCUCGAAAUGAUGUCUGAUGCCAUUGAUGAAACGCUCGACAAAGAUGAGGCUGAAGAGGAAACAGAAGAGCUUACAAGCCAGGUCCUUGAUGAGAUUGGUGUUGAUGUGGCUUCUCAGCUGUCGUCAGCUCCUAAAGGUCGCAUCGGAACAACCAACAAGAAAGUCGACAACAGCCAAGCACGGAAUGGCGCAGUUCCUGCAAGAAACGUUGUUGCACCGCCUGAAUCCUCUGCUGAAGUUGAUGAUCUGGAGAGCCGAUUGGCGUCUCUUCGCCGACUCUGAGCUGCUGGGGGAAAAAAUGCUAUAGUCAUGCAUCUAUAUGUAAAUUUGUUUAGUGAUGACAUGGUUUGUUGACAAAUGUGAUGGUAACUUAAUGUUUGUAAGCAAACAAUUCAAACUGCACAUGAUAUGAUUGAACCUCGUCUUAUCUUCCUUUCUGAAA